CUCCAGGUUUUCCCUCCUCUCCCUUUUAGCCAAGUUAGACUCACCUGCACGCAGUCGGAGCUCUGCAUCCUUUGGGAGAAGACAGGUCUGGUGUGGUGGAGAUAAAGAAUGGCGUCUGCUGCUCUAGGAGACGAGCUGAGCUGCUCCAUCUGCCUGAACCUUUAUACGGAGUUGGAGCCACUGAGAUGUGGACACAACUUCUGCCGGGAUUGUAUUGUGACUGCUCUGGAUACACAGGAGGGGUCCGGAGUUUAUUCCUGUCCGGAGUGCACAAUGGAGGAUGUAGAACGUCCUCCUAUGAAGAAGAAAAGGAAGUUGUGUAACAUUGUGGAGAAAUUCAGAUCUACACAACAAAAGGAGGAGAAAAGUGAGAUCCUCUGUACAUAUUGUGUGGAUUCUCCAGUGGGAGCCGUUAAAUCUUGCCUCCAGUGUGAGAAUUCCAUGUGUGAUAAACACCUGACAGCCCACAACAAGACAAUGGACCAUGUGUUGAUGGAACCCACCUCGUCCUUCAGAAGUAAAAAAUGCUCCAUCCACAAGAAGCUUCUGGAGUAUUACUGUUCCGAGGACGCCGUCUGUCUAUGUGUGUCCUGCUGUCUGGUGGGGAAACAUAAAGGACAUGAAGUGGAACUUCUAGAAGAGGCUUUGGAGAAGAAGAAGGAGAAACUGAGAAAUUUUCGAGAAAAGCUGACCACAUCGAAAGAGACCACCGAGAAGAAAAUUCUGAAUCUACAGGACCAGAAGAGAAAAGCACAAGAAAAAGCUGAUGAUGAGAAGAAGAGAGUCACUGACCUGUAUGAGGAUAUCAGGAGACAGCUGGAGGUCCAGGAACAGCGAGUCCAGAGUGAGAUCUCCAGACAGGAAGAGGAGGUCUCAUUUUCAGUCACUCAUCUCACCAAACAGUUGGAGAUACAGAAGGACGAGCUGUCCAGGAAAAUUGGUCACAUUGAGAAGUUGUGUAACAUGACCGACCCAAUAAGUGUCCUUCAAGAUCAGGAAUCAGACACAGGUGACCAGAAUGUGGAGGAAUCUUCUGUUCAUGAUCUGGAUGAUUUUAUGAUCUCUCUUGUUUUACACAAAUCUAUAACUGAUCUUAUCACUAAUAUGCAAUUGAAAAACAAUCUUUAUACGCAGGAUGGAACAGAUCUGCUACUGGAUAAAAAAACUGCCGGUGACUUUGUGGCUUUAUCUGAUGACCUGAGAACGGCAUCCAAGUCUGAAACAGAAAUGGUAAAACCAGAAUUGCCACAGAGAUUUACAGAAUACUCUCAGGUGAUGAGUAUUAAGGGAUUUUCCCAUGGGAGACAUUACUGGGAAGUAGAGGUCGGUGACUGUGGGUUUUGGGAUGUGGCUGUUUGCUAUCCCAGUAUAGAGAGAGAUGGUGAUGAGUCUUGUAUUGGGUACAAUAACAAGUCCUGGAGUUUCUGCAUAGAUGAAAAUGAAUAUGGAUAUCUACAUGAUUCUCAAUACCAGAAAAUAAACCUGAAGUCCCCUGUGAAGAGAUUGGGAAUAUAUUUGGAUUAUGAAGAUGGCCGCCUGUCCUUCUACCAGCUGAGUGACCCCAUCAGACACCUCCACACCUUCACCACCACCUUCACCGAACCCCUCCAUGCUGCUUUCUAUCUGAAUAAGGGAGCCUGGGUGAAGCUGGUAUCUCCGGUGUUUUCCAUAAAACAAUGAUUUACAACCAUUUCUUUUUUUUCUAAAAUGUUGUCAUCAAUACAAAUAAUAAAGUAGGUGAAAUCAC